GAUUAUAAACAAUGUGGCUUUUAUGCUCGUUUCAGAUGAAGUGGUUUGUAGUCGCUGCGCUUGCUGUGUGCGUCCUCGUACCCGCCGCUCACUGCGCAUCCGAAUCGAUAGCCUGGUGUUAUCACCUCCCAUCCUGCAAUGACACAACCUGGUCAACAAUUUCCCCGGAAUAUUGCAACGGCACCCGACAGUCACCCAUUAACAUCGUCUCAGCAUCUGCCACACAAAACGCCAAUCUGACUGAAUUCACUUUUGUAAAGUAUGACGACACCUCCGCAAUGACAUCCAUAGAAAAUACUGGCGACACAGGUGAGCCCGGGUUUAUGGCUUAGUGCUUACAAAAGUUUGUUGUUGUGGGUUGGUGUUUUUUUUUUUAUCUUUGUGUUUCAAAACAUAUAUUUCGACCUAGUUUAACAAAAAUAAUAAUAAUCAUCAUCAUCAUAAAUAUAACUUGUCUUACUGGAAUUUUUAGCGCCCUUCUCUUUUCUACAACUAAACGCACCCCCUUUGCACCUCAACAUUCCCUCUUACUCCUCACCGGUUAGAUGUAACCUUAUUCUGUUUU